AUGGAUUGGGCCGCCCCGAAUCUGGCACAUACAAAGCCCAACACUCGUCGCCUCGCGACACAGCCUGGCCCCACCAGCGCCGUCGAGCUGGACCCGAAACUCGAGCGAGAGCUGUCGCGCACUGAUGACUCGGUCCCCUUCAACCCCAAGACGCGGUACCUGCAUCACACCUGGGCGCAGACGUUCUUUUCGCGACCCGAACUGUACUUUCAGCCGUCCAGCGUUCCCGAGCUGCAAAAGAUCGUGACCCUUGCGCGCAGAUGCCGCAAGAGGUUGUGCGUGACCGGCUUCGGCCACUCGCCGUCUGACCUGACCUGCACUUCGUCCUGGCUUGUCAAUCUGGACAAUUUGACCCAAGUGCUCGAGAGGAACGUCGACGGCACUCCCGGGCUCUUUCGGUUCCAGGCCGGCCUGUCCCUCCACAACCUCAACCUCGCGCUCGCCGAGGACGGGUACACCCUCCCGAACCUGGGCUCCAUCGACGUCCAGUCCGUCGCGGGAGUCAUAUCCACCGGCACCCACGGCUCCAGCCUCAGGCACGGCCUCCUGUCGGACUCGAUCACUUCGCUGACGGUUCUGCUGUCCAACUCGCAGCUGGUCACCUGCUCGGCGGCCAAGAACCCGGAGCUCUUCCGAGCGGCGCUCCUGUCGCUCGGCUCGCUCGGGAUCAUCGUGGAGAUCACCAUGCAGGCGGUGCCGGACUUCAAGAUCUCGUGGUCGCAGUCGCUCCACACGCUGUCGUCCGUCCUCGAGUCCUGGGACGAGGACCUCUGGACCCGGAAAGAAUUCACCCGGGUGUGGUGGCUGCCCUACAUGCACCAGGCGGUCGUCUGGCAGGGCGCCAAGACGGACGCCGACCUGCGUCCCCCCAACACCACCUUCUACGGCGGCGCGUUCGGGUACUACGUGUACCACAACCUGCUGUGGCUGUCGAACUCGUUCCCGCGCAUCCUCCCGUGGAUCGAGUGGUUCGUCUUCGGCAUGCAGUACGGCUUCGGGCCGGGGCGCGUCACCACGUCUGCCGUCCAACCCGCCCGCGAGGCUCUUCUAAUGGACUGCCUGUACUCGCAGUUCGUCAACGAGUGGGCCCUCCCCCUCUCCAAGGGUCCGGAGGCCAUCCGCCGGCUCUCGGCCUGGAUCAACCACGACGACGCCGCCUCGGGCAUCCCCGUCUCGAGCGAGGGCGUCUGGGUGCACUGCCCGGUCGAGGUGCGCGUCACGCACACCGGACGUCCGGACUCGAACCCGAAAAACACGACCGUCAGGCCGUACCUCGAUCCCACCGUGCCCGACGGCCCGACGCUCUAUCUCAACGCCACCCUGUACCGGCCCUACGGUCAGGAUCCGCCCUGUCACGAGAGGUACUACGAGGCGUUCGAGCAUCUCAUGCGCGAGAUGGGCGCUCGACCCCACUGGGCCAAGAACUUUGCCUUCACGGGCGCCCGGGAGCUCGACGCCCUGUACGGCGACAACAUGACGGAGUUCUUGGAGGUCCGUGACGAGAGUGACCCUGACGGCAUGUUCUUGGGCCAGUGGCACCUGAGGAAUUUGCCUCUCAAGGCGGGGAACGACGGUGACGGGGGCGCAGGUUUCGGCCUCGUGGAGCGAGAGGUGCGCCGGUCGAAACACGGCCUGGGUUGGGGGUACGGUGACGGUGUUCUUUGGGAAGGACGAGUGACGGCCGCCGCCGCCGCCGAGGACGAGAAGGAGGAGGAGGAGGGGGAAGCCCUGACCGCCGCCAGUAAGGGUGGUGACGAAGGCACCCCGAGCCCACCUGGCACGACUACGAGCGAAGAGUCCUUUGAUUACAUGGCGAAAGGUGAGGCAAGCGUCUAUGCCGCCGAACGUGGACAAGAAUAG